ACAUAUAGAUAAAUGGAAUGAGCGGAUUUAUCAAAUCUCAAACAAUUUUCGACAAUGCUACUUCCAUGGCCAGUCAACAAGGUUUGCGCAUGUUAUUUUCCACAGAGCCACCCAAACCUGUGGUGGAAAACGAAGUUCGUGCAACCCCAACAUCGCCACCAACACCAACACCAGUGGCUAAUAAGAAGAGCGAAGAAGAUUUCGACAGUGCAUCUACAGUAGCCGAAGAUGAAGAAACCGAUGCUGAAGACACCGAUGCCGAAGAUUCAGAUGCAGAAAUGUCUGCAGACCUAAUGUCUGAAGAUAAUGCCAGCUUCACUGAAGAAGAAGAAGUUAAAGGAACUGCUGCAAAACCAGCAACCACAGACCCAGUUGCCCAGCCGGCUGUUUAA